AUGGAUAGCCAUCGCGCCACCAUGGCCGUAGUGGUUGUGGUCAACCCCGCUGUCCUCACCGUCUCUGCCGAGCACGCGGUGCAGGUCGUCAGCAUCAUAUUCGCUUCGCAGUUUAAGGAUAAGGUGUGCCGCUGCGUCGUGGUGGAUCCUCCCGAAGCGCUCGCGGAGAAGCUCUCGAAAUCGUCUCUAUACCUGUGCGUCUCCGAGUCCAUACCAGUGAGUCAAACAGUGCGGAAGCUACUCCUGUGUGUGGCGCAGGCGGUGGUCGAUGCCCAAGGCGCUGCGCUGCGGCUUUACAGUCAGCCCGAAAAGGCCGAUAGCACGGCCGUGAGGACGCCUAUUGACAAGCUCACCACGUUCACGACAGCGCGCAACGCGAGCACGUUGAUAGCCUCCCGCUUCAAGAAGAAAGCGGCGGACGUACUCCUGCAGUUUGGCGCUGUGUCCGCCGCUGUGGCCGCGUACGGGGAAACUCAGUUCAACUCUAAUGUCGACUGUCUCUGGUGCUCAGCGACGUUAGAGAGCAUCGCUGCCGCUCGGUAUCGCUACCUGCAGACGACGCUACUGUGCUACCGCGACGCGCUUAACGCCACGGUCGUGCAGCUUCAGAGUGACAACCCCAACUGGGGACCGGACCUGGCCGCCUCGGUGAACCAGCUCGACUCUUGUGUGGCGCAGUACAGCGAGAGUCUGAAGCAGACGAUAGCUAGCUUCAAGAGCGCGUCGGUGCCCAACUCGAUGCGGGCGCGACUGACACACGAGGUGGAGGAAAACGUGGCGGCGCAGGUCGCGCUACUGAAGGGGCUGCUCGUGCGAGUGCACGUGUGCUUGAACGCUGGUACAUGGGAAGUGCCGUCUGACCCGCAGUCGUAUCGCCUGGGCAGCGAUGUGAAGCGCUGCGUCGAGAACGUGUUGCGUCUGGCUUUCAGUGAAAUCGACGUGUAUUUGAGCGAGUCGCUGCGGCAGCUGAGAAGGUGCGCAACAGCGGGUACGUUGAUGUUCUACCCCGUAGCCAUGGCGGCAACCACAUCGCUGCUCGGCAGCGGAGGCACGAGUACCGCAAUGGUGAAUACGACUCUCGCCAUGCUGCGAAAGCGGGAGUUGGAGGCGCGCUUCAAGCGACUUGAGUUGCUCGCCGCCCGGGAAGCACGGCAGCCUUUCCUCGAGGAGUUGAGCACACUGCGCAGUCUCUUCCCUGGUGUCUACGGGUCCGAGUGGACGGAGCGCACCCUACUCUUCUUUGCGUACUUGUGCAUGAUCAACGGUGCUGAGCGUCGCGCGCGGGCGCUGCUGGUAGAAUUCGCCUCCAUUAAGGCACGUCUGCAGCACACAGAAGAGACUGCCGAGGUACUCCUGCGCGUGUGCGCACUGGCUGGCGUUGGACUCCCGCUUAUCGGGCUUCAAGCCUCGAGCAGCACUGCAAGCGACGACGGGGUCACCCUAGAUACUGCCAAAUUGGCGGACCCGCUGUAUCAGCUUAGCCGCGCAGCGACCGCUCCACAAGUGGCGCAGCAGCUGGAAGACAGCGAUGCUGCCGAGCCGGCGGCGAACGGGAACACGUCAAUAGGUGCAUCCUUUAGCAUGUUCAGCUCCGUGGAAGAAAACGCUCCCGAUCGCGGCGUCGUGCGGCUGAAUCAGUCGAUCACCAACGCGGCACUACUGAACGUGCCACUGCUGCUCGAGCUCAUCAACGUCUUCGACCGCGUGGCCCCUGCGACGGCGACGGCGGCGCUGCGUUGUCAACUGGCGACGUUCCUCCUCUUCAAGUUUCCGCACCUCCUCGAGAAGGCAACGCAGCAGACCCUCAAAUCUGUUAUGCGUGAAGCGUCCGCGCUCCUCGAGCCGCAGAUGAACACAGCCAUUGUGCCGUCCCCGUUCUUUUUGGGGUGGGAAGCUUUCCCGCUGCCGCCGCAUCUCGCACCCAAGACGGUGCCUGUUGGAGGGGCCUUCUUCACCUUCAUUGACACGCAGCGGCUGAAGCUGACCAUCCUCUGCCUGAAUGGCAGGAAACUAGGUAGUCGGACCGUGUGGACGGUCGGCGACGUCGCGUCCGUUCUCGUGACGUUGUACAACCCCUUUCAGGAAGCCCUCACGUUUGACGCACUGGCUUUGCGCUGCCGCUCCUGUGCUUCUCUCGUCGCGGACGACGACGAUGCCGCCUCUGGAGAAGGUGUGGUGUUGGCGUCUUCGUCGCACACACUGAGCGCGCCCAUCUCGUACGUGCUGUCCAAUGUAGAGGUGCCCCCGCUCGCGAAGCGCAAGGUCUUGCUCAAGGUGCAACCAACGGAAGAAGGUACUCUGCUUAUCGACGGCGUAACGCUGCGGCUCGCAGACACACGCUCGUCGCAGUCGAUGACCGGGCAGCUUCCGGCCCCCAUGUACAUCCCGGUACUGGAGCGAUUACCGCAGGUGUCCUGCACUCUGAACACCAGCGAGCUGGAGGUGUUCGGAACCCAACGCAUCGACUUCACGGUGCGGGUGGUUAACUGCGGCUGCGUGCCCAUCAGCUGCAUCUCCCUCACGGCGCACAGCGAGCAGUGCCAGCUGGAGGGCUGCGAAGGCUGCAAGGAGCGCCGCAACGACACAGACACAACGGUGACGCUAAACAAGCGCGCCCUCGACGCGGCGGCUCGCACACCGCUGCAGCCUGGUGAUGUCGUCAUGAUUCCAGGAACCCUGGAGGCGCCACCGACAAUCAGCAAAUUCGGCGCACACUACGUUAUCUUCCGCACCGAUCUCUCACUGCCCUACUCUGCACCAAAAAAACCGCGCAACGUGCCGGACGCCGUGCCCGUGUACGCGGUCAUCCCGCGGCGCGUGACGGAGACGCGGCUGCGCCUGUUUCAUUCUCCCGGCCUCGUCGUCAUGUCUGUGGCGCUAACAACGGACCGCCGCUCGGUGGAGGUGCGCGUCGCGAAUCGGAGUCGCCUCUACAGCAUCGAGCUGCAGCUGAGCGCCCUGGCAUUUGCAGAGCUGCCGGUCGCCUUCAUCGUCCCCGGUGCCGAGUACGUGGUUCCACCGAUAAAGCUGACGCGCAUUCCGCUGACGAGGGAAAAGGACGGCCUGCGCUUUCAUGUACCGUGGGUCGUGCGCGAACUACCUAACUGCACUGGCACGCUGGAGCUGAACUUGUCGCUCAUUGGCACUGAGGUGGUGAGCGCGGAGCCGCUGGACGAGUGUGUGGUGACGCUCGAGGCCACCGUGCCGCAGACGGCGCUACCUGACGAAAGCAGAGACUGCGUCGUCGCUGAAGACCCGCAGACGGAUCCGAUGGGCGACGGAGCCGUGCUGAUCUACCGCUGGGAAUACGACGGAGAUUCCUGCUACGGCGGAGCGGAGAAUAGCCCUGUCGUCUCACGUGCCAAAGUCGUCUGCCGUGGCGCCUGCCACUACGACGCCACAGGCACCGUCACGGCGACAGCCGUGUACGACAGUCCUCCGCAGUCUCCACCGACGUCAAGCCAGCACCUGGUGCACCCGAGGGCAGCGCAGGCGUCAGAGUCUCCCUUGGAUUCGCCAGCCUCGAUCUCCGCUUUGUUCUGGCGCCACACAGAUUCGCUGGAUUCGGGGGCAAAAGCGGGCUCCAGCACACCGCAAACUUUCCAUCGAACCAGAACUGCGCUACCGCGAAUCGGCGGCUGUGAGAGUGGCACGCUCAGCACUGGCGACGACGGCACCUCAGUACCGAUCGUCAUCCCUGCCUUGAGGCCGAUUCGUCUGUGCCUACGUGUUGCAGCCCCGAGGUGGCGUCGCGCCAUCCCCCUUCACGUGCACGUGUCCAUCGACUCGCACUUUGACGUGGCGGUGCUAACGGGUGCCGUGCAGGCCGAUGCGGUAGUCGGCGAGGAGGGUCGCGCGGUGUACGAAGGCGAGUUUGAGCUGUUCGCCUUCAAGACCGGCGAGCAUCUUCUGCACGUCUCCAUUAUGGACGACGCCGAGCGGGAGCUGACGCACACAAUCCAGCUGAUUGUUGAACACUCACGCAUAUCCUGA